UAAAUAUUAUGAGCCAAAUUGAUAAAUUUAGGAGAUUAUAUGAAGAAGAUUUGGCAGCAUUAGAAGAAAAGGAAGAAAACCUAGAUGAUGAUGGAGAAUUAAAGGUCACUAUUAUUGAUGACUAUAUUGAAAGAUUUUCUGCAAACAUCAUGUCAGUAUUGAAGCUACCACAAUUGAUUGAAUCGGCUGAAUUAUAUUUCAAGGAUUUUUUAUCAGUUUACUCACCAAUAUCUAAUGACAAUGAAUUCUUAUCUUGGAUUAUUAGUCAUAAUAUUAAACAACAAAUACCAAAUCCUUUUAGACUUCAUAUAUAUUGGUGGAGUAAUUUCGAAAUUGCGCUAAUUGAAUUGCAAUUAUCAAGAUUAUGUCCUACAGUAAUUGAAGAAAUGUAUAAAUUAGAAUUUGAAAAAAGCAAGGAUUUAAACUUUGAACAAUAUUUAUUAGAUCAAAUUUCAAAAGUUAUGAUAGAAAAACUUUGUAAAAUUGAUAUAAAUGAUACAAAUCAACUUUUGAUAUGGCAACGUGACACCACAUAUAUUUUAUCUUUAUCAAGCAAAUUACCUUUACCUAUUUCUUUUGAUAAUCCAGCUAUUAAUAAGUUACAAAUAUAUAAUGAUCUUUCAAAAUCCCUUAAACUGAAAAAACUUAUUGAAAUUCGAAAUCUUGAAAAAAAUGAAGAAAUACUUUCACAACGAUUUGUAGAUAUAGUAUUUGAAAAGCUAUAUGAGUUACAACAAACGGAAGAUAAUUUUUCAUUACAACGAUCUUUCAUAAAUUGUUGUUUAAACUCAUUAUCAAUUGAGUCACCUAUUCGUCUUCAAUAUAAACGUGCCGAACUUGCAGUCGCAAAAAUGUCAAGUUGUGGAGAUUGUAAAGAUUUGGAUGCAUUAUUAGAAGAUAUUUUAGAUGAAACAAAAGAAAAUUUAAUAAAUCUUCGAAUUUCAUUCGCAGGAAUAAACAUAAUGAAGCUUUAUAUAAUUAGAGCAAAACGAGAAUGGAAUCAAUUUGAAACAAUGUUAGCACAAAAGAUUAAAACUUACUUUGAUGAAACUCAGAUUCCUCAGUUCUAUAAACAGCCAUUAUUGGGAUUUUUAUCAAACAAGCAUGCACUUUGUAAACUUGUGACCGAUGACGAUAAUAAGAAAAUAUUUAUGUCCUCAGUAAUUGCACAUAUAGUUGCAUUACAUAUUUCUGUCCCUCAAAAUUCUUCUCCAUUGGCUACAUAUAUGCAAGAAUUACAAACGUGUCACGAUUAUUUUAUUUUAGCAUGUCCUUCAGAUGAGCUAACUGUUAUAACAAAUGCAAUAAUUGAUGAAGAAUAUAAUGGUAUAACAAGAUAUCAAUGCAAAUGUGGAGAAAUAUACUUUGUUGGAGAAGCUGGUCGUGCGUCACACAUUGCCCAAUGUUCAGCAUGCAGAGGAGAAAUCGGAGGCAAUGAAUUGGUUGAAGGAAAUACACGUUUAGAUAGUAGAAAAAUAACACAGAAAAUAGAUGCAAAAGAUCAACAUGGUUACAUUGUGGAAGAGAAAAAUACAGAAAAUUUCUACAGUAUUAGGUCAAUGUCUCCAGCAUCCUAUAGAAUCAUUCAUCUUUUUGUACAUGCUAUUAUUGGAAUACAGGCACCAUCCGAAGUUGUUAGUAAAUUUAUCAAACAUAAUGUAAAAGAAAAUAAUACUAAUCUUAAUGGAGCAGAAGACAUGGCGCCAUUCUGUGCAAUGCACAUCAAUAAUGAUUGGAAUGCGUUGAAAGUCAUACUAGCUUGUGGAGAUGAACAAUUAGCUUUAGUUUUACAUGCAAUUCUUUCUGAAAUGACACAACAGCCAUUACAACAACCAGUAAGAUUAAACACACCUAUUGAAAGAGAAACUUGGGAAAAUCAAUUUAGUCAGAAAUAUGUCUUACCAUUAGUGAAAAAUGUAAUAGGAACUGCAACAGAUUUUAGUAUGCUGUUAGAAACAAUUACAACAAAUGCUCAACAAAAGACUAAAGCCGAAGAAAUAUUUUCUAGAUAUAUGACAAUUUUGAGUGAAAUUAAUAGUUUAAUACCUCAAGAACAUAUUCCUGAAGAUAAGAAAGCAAUAUUUGUAGAAACCUAUUCUAUUAAUGAAAAUUAUAGAGAAGGAAGUUCAGUAGUUGCAUUAGAAAAUCUAAAGGAAUUGCUUUCAGCCUUGGAAAUAAUACUUUGUUUUCUAAAACGUACAUCUGGAAGCAACCGUGACACAUUGAUCACGGAAUACAUUGAAAGUUGGAUGAAGUUAGAAAAACUUAAUAAUUCGUUGCAACAUGAUAUUUUAAAUGCAGUUGAUUUUGAAUCAUUAGAACAAGGAGAGCAAUUCCAAGAUGCCAAAUCAAAUAAAAAUUUACGCAUUCCAGCUAAGGCGUUUGCUAUAGCAUUGAAAAGGUUUAUUACAAGAUACUUGACUACUAGCGAGAGCAUUAUUGAUGUAGAAAAUUUAAUUUAUUAUUUGGUAGAAGAAGAAAGUCUAAAAUGUUGGCCUGAUUGGGUAGAUAAAGCUGUUAUUAAAAACAAAUUUCCUUCAUCUUUACGGAUUUCACAUACAUUCGAGGCCUAUCAAUUUAUAAAAGAAACUAUUGAG